GAGCCGGGGCACUCUGCGCGCCCGCGGGCCCGGGAGCUGCACCGCCAGGCGGAGGCCGGGACGCCGCGCCCCGGCGCGGGGAGGAGGGCGAAGACACGCGGCGAUGGCUCCGCGGGCACUGCGGGGCUCCGCCGUCCUCGCCGCUGCUGUCUUCGUGGGUGGCGCCGUGGCUUCGCCGUUGGUGGCGUCGGACAACGGGGGCGGCCACACGCUGCAGUCCAGGACGGAGACCACGCCGUCCCCCACAAACAAUGGGGGCCAUCCCGAAUACAUUGCGUACGCGCUGGUGCCCGUGUUCUUCCUCAUGGGUCUCUUCGGGGUUCUCAUCUGCCACCUGCUCAAGAAGAAAGGCUACCGGUGCACCACAGAGGCCGAGCAGGACGUGGAGGAGGAGAAAGUGGAAAAGAUUGAGCUCAACGACAGUGUCAACGAGAACAGUGACACCGUGGGGCAGAUCGUCCACUACAUCAUGAAAAAUGAAGCCAAUGCAGAUGUCUUAAAGGCCAUGGUGGCAGAUAACAGCCUGUGUGACCCUGAAAGCCCCGUGACGCCCAGCACUCCCGGCAGCCCGCCGGUGAGUCCCGGGCCCCUGUCGCCGGGGGCCACGCCGGGGAAGCAUGUCUGCGGCCACCACCUGCACACGGUGGGCGGCGUGGUGGAGAGGGACGUGUGCAACCGGUGUCGGCACAAGCGCUGGCACUUCAUCAGGCCUGUGUCCAGGUCCAGAGAGGCCCGCCCGCGGCGGCAAGGCGAGGUCACCGUGCUCUCGGUGGGCAGGUUCCGUGUCACCAAAGUGGAGCCCAAGGCCAGUCAGAAGGAGCGGAGAAGUCUGAUGUCCGUCGCCGGGGCGGAGAGCAUCAACGGGGAGGUGCCUGUGACACCUGUGAAGAGAGAGCGAAGUGGCACCGAGUAGCAGGAGUGACUGUAUCUGAAGACACCCCAGCCUCUGAAAACUUGAGAGAUAGGAAGUUGCCUAGGGAAUACUUCUCGCUACCUUUUGUACAGUUUCUCUCAGAGGCAUCAGGCAUGUGGACGAAGCCGAAAGGGAAUGUCGUGGCUAAGCUGCGUGUAAAAUUGCUCGGAAGCAGUUUUGUUCAAAGUUGCUGGGGAAAAUGGGUUACUUUCCCAGGAACUGAAAAGCUCCUUUUUGAUCUUCCCCAUCACCCCUGGCCAUGGCCCUUCCCCAUCCCUCCCCACCCUCCGCUCCCGUCUUCCUUGGGC